UAUCCCAAGGAGCUUUUACAUAUCUUCACUAUCUCCUGGUCUCUUGGGCAUUCUGCAGUAUCCUGUUCUGCAAGAGAUCAGAAGCCUCACCCUUCACUUGCUAAUUUGACUCCAAGAUUAGAAGUGUGAGGCACGAUGUGCGAUGAAGAUGAAACCACUGCUCUUGUAUGUGACAAUGGCUCUGGGCUUUGCAAAGCUGGAUUUGCAGGAGAUGAUGCCCCAAGGGCUGUUUUUCCAUCCAUUGUGGGACGCCCUCGACACCAGGGUGUCAUGGUAGGAAUGGGCCAAAAAGACAGUUACGUUGGGGAUGAAGCACAGAGUAAAAGAGGGAUCCUAACACUGAAGUACCCCAUUGAGCAUGGGAUCAUCACUAAUUGGGAUGACAUGGAAAAGAUUUGGCAUCAUUCUUUCUAUAAUGAACUUCGUGUUGCCCCAGAAGAACACCCUGUACUAUUAACAGAGGCCCCCUUAAAUCCCAAGGCUAACCGUGAGAAAAUGACUCAGAUCAUGUUUGAGACAUUUAAUGUACCAGCGAUGUAUGUAGCAAUUCAGGCAGUUCUAUCUCUUUAUGCUUCUGGUCGAACCACUGGAAUAGUGCUGGACUCUGGGGAUGGUGUCACACACAAUGUUCCCAUCUAUGAGGGGUAUGCUUUACCCCAUGCCAUCAUGAGGUUGGACCUAGCAGGCAGAGACCUCACUGAUUACCUCAUGAAAAUCCUCACGGAGAGAGGCUAUUCUUUUGUCACCACUGCGGAACGUGAGAUUGUGCGAGACAUAAAAGAGAAACUUUGCUAUGUGGCUUUGGAUUUUGAGAAUGAAAUGGCAACAGCUGCUUCUUCUUCCUCUCUCGAGAAGAGCUAUGAACUUCCUGAUGGGCAAGUCAUCACCAUUGGUAACGAACGAUUCCGAUGCCCGGAAACUCUCUUCCAGCCAUCCUUCAUAGGAAUGGAAUCUGCAGGUGUUCAUGAAACCACUUACAACAGCAUUAUGAAAUGUGAUAUUGACAUCCGUAAGGAUCUCUAUGCUAAUAACGUCCUCUCGGGGGGGACCACAAUGUACCCUGGUAUUGGUGAUCGCAUGCAAAAAGAGAUCACAGCUUUGGCUCCAAGUACUAUGAAAAUUAAGAUGAUUGCACCACCAGAACGUAAAUAUUCUGUCUGGAUUGGGGGUUCAAUCUUGGCUUCCCUCUCUACCUUCCAGCAAAUGUGGAUCAGCAAAGAUGAAUACGAAGAAGCUGGCCCCUCCAUUGUCCAUCGUAAAUGCUUCUGAGUGUGCUUAUGAUAUACCAUCACUAAUAAGUAGUGGUGUUUCUGCAUGGCACAGCCACCUUGGUAUGAAAUAUGUGUAUUAGGCUUUCUACCACUGCUUUUAAAAAUGCAAUAAUUGUUGUCAAGCUGAUUAGCGUAGUGCAUCCUAUUUCUGAAUGCUAAAACAAGAUUUUUAAUAUUUUAGUGUCAUAUGCCUCCCAAGAUUAAGAGCAAUGACAUAGACUUGCAUAGAACUCUUCCUCCCUGGGUCUUGGAGCAUUAGAUGGAUGUUCAAGAGUUAAAGCUAUCAAGGCUGCUGUGAUGUUGAUGUUGGUGUUGUUACCUUCCAUCAGUAGAUGGAGAAUCUGAACCAAACAGAAAUUAAAUUGAUUUUUCUCAAGUU